AUGGCGGAUCGUGUUAUCUUCCGCCUAGCUGGUGGCAAGGAAGCGAUCGGCUGCACGGUGAGCGGCUCCGGUAACUCAGCCACAGACGGAGUCCGAUCGGAAGAGGUAGCCUCCACUGUUGCAAGAGCAGCUGGAGACGGGGCGCCCCCCCUCCCCCUGCAAAGAAAUAGGGAGAAGAAACCAAAUCAAUUUGUGAAAACUACUAUCCUUCCCCUUCCUUUUGUUUUCUUCAAUCUCUUCCAUUUGCUUCUUCCCUUUCGGUCGAUCAGUCCAGUCAGCAGCGGCGACAACGAGGAGUGCGACGCCGUCGUCGACUCCCCAGCUCCCUCCUCCUUCUUAAACCUCCCUCCUCCUCCGCCACUGCCGCCGGCUACCACUCCUCCUGCCAGCUCCUCGAUCUUCGACUCCUUCUCCCCUUACUUCACCCCCUUCCCGUUCCAACCUCCGCCGCCGGAACACGCCGCAGCCUGGUCCUUGUCUCCUCCUCCGCCGCCGCCACCGCUCUCCACGUCAGCACCGUCGAGCACUCGCGGCGGUCCCACUCCCCAGCCGGUGCAACCCCCCGCCGCCGCUCCGCGAGGCCCCAAGAAGCGCACGAGGGCUUCGCGGCGCGCGCCGACGACCGUGAUCAACACCGAGACCUCCAACUUCCGCUCCAUGGUGCAGCAGUUCACCGGCUUCCCGUCGCCGCCCUUCGCCGGCGCCGCCGCAUCGCCGCAGUUCCAGAGCCCUGGCCUGCAGCUGGAUCUCUUCGGGUCGUCGGCCGCCGCCGUCCCGCAGUUCCUCCUCAGGCCCUCGGCGCAGAAGAUGAUCCCCUCCCCCGCUUCCUCCUCCGCCUCCCCCUCGCUCUUCGACCACAUCAUCGCGAGAAGCAACCUCGCGAGCAUCGGCAACUCCUCGAUUACUAGCGCCGACGUCGACGGCGCUCCAAAAUACCACGACAAGUUUCCCCUGUCCCUCUUCGAGCAACAACCCGACGCGGCGAAUCGGGGCACGGAAAGAGGAAGCUUCAUGCCGCCGGCGUUUCUCCAGCCGCAACGAGCUCAAAUGGCACAGCUGCCCGCGGAAUUUGCCAGAGGCAGCCUGGGGAACCUCAUAGCCACCGGCGCCGCCGCCGCCGCCGCCACGAAUAUUACUUAUAAUAACAGGCCGAGAAGCGACGUCGGAUUAUGCUGGGACGUGAAUGAGCAAAGCGGGGAGGAACGCAGGCCAGCAAGCUCCAUCGAAGACCAACAACCUUAUCAGAAACUUUGGCGACCAAAUCUAGAUUGAAUUAUGUCGGAAGAAGAAAAGAAAGGGAAACCUCACUCAUGAACAGAUAUUGCUCAUCACUAUCGGUAAACACUUUUUUUUUUAUUUUUUUUUUAUUUUUGGGCAAGAAUUAUUGAUAUAAACUUUAAUUAUAUCACGAACUUUCCCCCCUUUCCUUUUAA